AAACAAACAAAACUCACAGAACCUCUGGAUUCCCCACUAGAAAAUACACGUAAAGCUCAAUGAAUGGCUGAUCACUUUAUAAAUACGAGUUCUACGUGUACAGCUAUUACUGCUGAUUGCUGCGCGCGCAAUUAUCUCGCUUCGCGUGUUUGUCCCUGACGGGGAUCCGUACACGCUGCGAGUCCCGCUACAGUGAAUCCGAAGAUGGCGGAAGCUCCCUUACGGACUCGCCGGUAUUUCUGUCACCGAUGUUCUGAAGAGAUUAGCCCUCGUCUCCCAGAUUACACCUGUCCACGGUGUGAGUCCGGCUUCAUUGAGGAGUUACCCGAGGAGAGAAGUACAGACAAUGGGUCCACAUCCACGUCGUCUACCAGUGAUCAGAACCGUUAUCCAUUUGAGAAUGUGGACCCGACUCUGUUUACCUUUCCGCACCCGUAUGGCCAGCUGGCUCUGGGCAUCUUUGGUGAGGGUUUUGAUCUCCGGACGGGCAUGCCCUCUGAGGACGGGCGCGACGCUGAGAACCGGCGGGAGCGGGAGAUGGCGUCACGCCAACGCUAUGGGGCCAGACAACCUCGGGGGCGCCACAUUCCCCGGAGACAAGGGACACGGCACGAAGGAGUGCCCACUUUAGAGGGAAUAAUUCAGCAGUUAGUAAAUGGAAUCAUCGCACCAACAGCUAUGCCAAACAUGGGAAUGGGACCAUGGGGAAUGCUACAUUCAAAUCCAAUGGAUUAUGCAUGGGGUGCCAACGGCUUAGACGCCAUUAUAACACAGUUAUUAAAUCAGUUUGAAAAUACGGGUCCACCUCCUGCAGACAGAGAAAAGAUCAAAAACCUCCCAACAGUUCAGAUCACAGAGGAGCAUGUGGGAGCUGGUUUAGAAUGUCCUGUGUGUAAAGAAGACUACACCGAGGGAGAGAGCGUUAGACAACUUCCAUGCAAUCACCUCUUUCACAAUGACUGUAUAGUGCCCUGGCUCGAACAGCAUGACACAUGUCCGGUGUGCAGGAAGAGCUUGAGCGGCCAGAACACAGCCACAGAUCCUCCUGGCUUAUCAGGAAUGAACUUCUCACCUUCCUCAUCCUCCUCCUCCUCCUCCAGUUCCCCCAGUAACGAGAACGCUGCCAACAACUCCUAAAAUUAGUCCGCAAUCCUUCCUGACACGCACAUACGCAUACACACAUACAGACACACGCGAAACCCCUACACAUCUUACUAUCUCAGUCAGAGAGGGCGUGGCCAAUCCUGUUAAAGCUCAAACCAUUCACUCACAUUUUAGUAAUGCAGCCCUGAAGAGCCAGGAGCGUUCUAGAUUGUUCUAGCCCUCCAGUUCACACUCGGUUCUGCUGUUACUGCGAAUGACGUGAGGGCUGAGCUGAAACCUGAUCGUCUAUAAUACACCCUUUAAGGCCAACACCUCAUUAUCCUCCUCCUCCUCAUCAUCAUCAUCAUCAUUACCAUCAUCAUCAUCAUCAUCAUUAUGAUCUGACUCCCUGGAGCAAGCGCCAAAGGACAUGUCGACAAGCAAACAAAGGAGAGAAAACACACACACACACACACCACCUUCACCUGUAUUCCACUACUUUUUUUUAAUUAUUGAACUGGAGCAUGAUGGUUCUUCUUUUUUUCCUUUUCUUUUCUUUUUUUUUUUUAAACACAUGACAAGCUGUCCCAUACAAACAGGGAUUUUAAUUCAAAAAGUGACUGGGGGUAAAAUAAAGGGGGGAAAAAAAGGGAUGACUGAUGUUAGAAGAUGUAUAUAGAACUCUUGCAGAUAUACACACACACACACACACACACACACACACACACACACACACACACACACACACACACACACGUUCUCACACCCAGCCAAUUACAGGAUUUGAAUGUCAUUUUAAUAGAGACUGUUAUGUCUCAUUCCCAUAAAGGGAAAACUAGAACAAUUUUUUUCUUUAGUUUUUAUUAAAAUGAUUUUUAAAAUUCAUAUAUAUCGGCGGCUAAGAGGUGUACUCUGUGAAUACGCAUAUAGCGAUAUUUAUUGAUGGGGUGGGGGAAACAAUUAGACAACAGAUGAAUGAACAAAGAACAUCUUAAAAAAAAAAAAGACAAGCA